AUGGCAAGAGAGGGUAAGGUAGCUGAGUCUAGUAUUCAGAAGAAGAAUGGUAUAGCUCUGAAGAAGAGAAAACAAGAACAACAAGAAGUGAAAGGAGAAAAGGAAGAGGAAAAGGAAAGGGAAGAGAAUUCUGAAGAUGAGUUUAAAGUAGAAGGUUUGAUAGAGGUAGAAAGUGACAACGAAGAGGAAGAGGGAGAAGAAGAAGAAGAGGGAGAAGAAGAACAACAACAAGAAGAAGAAGAACAACAACAAGAAGAAGAAGAGGAAGAAGAAGAAGAGGAAGAAGAAGAGGAAGAAAAAGAAAAAGAAGAUGGCGAUAAAGUAUAUAGUGACGAUGCUUCCAGUAAUUCAGAGUACGACUCUGACCAAGAGUUGAACAAUCUCAUUGGAGAAGAAGACGACCCAAGCGAUUACAGUUCGGUUGACUUUCAAGAUGAUGAAGACAACGAGUUCGACGAUGUAAAGAUGAAAAACCUAUCGGUGAACGACGACUCCUUACAACAAGCAACCAAUAUACGUACGAAAUUCUCGGACGGAACACCUAGAAUCAUUAAACCUGAAAUUGAGCCGGUUUAUGAUAGUGAUGAUAGUGACGCGGAAAACUUCAACACUAUUGGUAAUAUCCCUAUAUCUGCAUAUGAAGAAAUGCCUCAUAUUGGAUACGAUAUCAAUGGGAAAAGAAUAAUGAGGCCAGCAAAAGGUUCAGCAUUGGACCAGUUAUUGGAAAGCAUAGAUUUACCUCAAGGAUGGACUGGACUAUUAGACCAAAAUACUGGUGCACCUCUUAAAAUCACCGAUGAAGAAUUGGAAUUGAUACGUAAAAUUCAACAACAGGAAAACACUGACGAAAACAUCAAUCCAUACGAGCCAUUAAACGAUUGGUUUACCAAGGAUCAAGAAGUAAUGCCGUUAACUGCUGUACCCGAACCAAAGAGAAGGUUUGUUCCUUCAAAACAUGAAGCAAAGAGAGUUAUGAAAAUAGUUAGAGCUAUUCGUGAAGGAAGAAUACUUACACCUGAAAAGGCAAAACAGCAAAAAGAACAAGAAGAAAGGGAACAAUUGAAUUACGAUCUUUGGCAAGACGAAAUUAAAGUUCCCGACCAUAUAAUGAACUUGAGAGCUCCUAAACUACCUCCACCAACAAAUGAAGAAAGUUACAAUCCUCCAGAAGAGUAUUUAUUCAAUGAUGAAGAAAAACAAAAAUGGCUUGAACAAGACCCAAUAGAUAGAGAGAUUAAUUUCAUGCCCAGGAAAUAUAAAUCUUUAAGACAAGUUCCUGGAUAUCAAGAUAGUGUAAGGGAAAGAUUUGAAAGAUCGUUGGACUUAUAUCUUGCUCCUAGGUUGCGCAAGAAUAAAUUAGAUAUUGACCCUGAAAGUUUAAUACCUGAUUUGCCUUCUCCAAAGGAUUUACGACCAUUUCCUAUUCAUUGUUCUACAAUAUAUAAGGGACAUACAGGUAAGAUACGAACAUUGUCUAUUGAUCCUCAAGGGAUUUGGUUAGCUACUGGUUCAGAUGACGGAAGUGUCAGAAUAUGGGAAGUAUUAACCGGAAGACAAGUUUAUCAAAUACAAGUAAUAAGCAAAGAGCAAAAGCAAGAUAGCGAUAAUGAUAAUAUAGAAAGCUUGGAGUGGAAUCCAGAUCCGCAAACUGGAAUUUUGGCUGCUUGUGCAGGAGAGUCUAUAUAUUUGAUAGUUCCACCUAUUUUUGGAUUUGAUAUUGAAAAUACUGGUAAGUUGAGAAUUGAGAGCGGUUGGGGUUAUGAUACAUUUGGAAAUAAUAAAGGUAACCUUAAGGUGAAAGGUGAGAAGGAGGAUGAGGAGAAUGAUGAUGGUGAUGAUGAUGAUGAUGAAGAUGACGACGGCAAGAGUAAAAACACCACCCCAACUGUUAAAAAAGAUGUUGCCAAAUGGAUAAUCCCUAAUUUAGCCAAACAAUCGCAGGGGAUAGCUGCGAUUAUUCAAUGCCGCAAAUCGGUCAAGAAGAUCUCAUGGCAUAGAAAAGGUGAUUAUUUUGUAUCGGUAUCACCAGAAAGUAAAAACACAGCGGUAUUGAUCCAUCAAUUAUCAAAACACUUAUCACAAUCACCAUUUAAGAAGUCCAAAGGAAUAAUAAUGGAUGCAAAAUUCCAUCCGUUUAAACCACAUCUUUUUGUUGCAUCACAGCGUCAAAUUAAAAUUUACGAUUUAUCUCAGCAAGUUCUUAUCAAGAAACUUCUACCUGGAGUUCGAUUGCUAUCAACCAUUGAUAUACAUCCAAGAGGUGAUAAUUUAUUAGCUGCGUCAUACGAUAAACGUGUGUUAUGGCAUGAUUUAGAUUUAAGUGCAACGCCAUACAAGACUUUAAGGUAUCAUGAAAAAGCAGUGCGUCAAAUUAAAUUCCAUAAGGGUAACUUACCGCUUUUCGCAUCUGCUAGUGAUGAUGGUAUAAUUCACGUUUUCCAUGGUACCGUGUACGAUGAUUUAAUGACUAAUCCAUUACUAGUGCCAUUGAAGAAAUUGGUUGGUCAUAAAGUGACUAAUCAAAUUGGUGUUUUGGAUAUCGUGUGGCAUCCAAAGAAGGCUUGGUUAUUUAGUGCGGGUGCCGAUGGCACUGCUCGUCUCUGGACGACCUAG